CGAAUUUUCACAAAAAUAUCGGAAGAGAGAAUUCAUUACGAAACUCACAAAAAAAAAUUCAGAAACCUGAAUCGUAUGACGAUCGCCUUUUGUUUUAUUUCUUUUAGCAGAACAAUGUAAUUUCUCUCACCAUUCAAUUUAUAGGUUAUACCUUCAUUCCGACUUCACCUCAGCCCGAUGGCAGUCCUUAGUGAUUUUUUCAAAGGAAAUAUUUAAUUAAGUCGAUUAUUUUUAUAUUUUUCUAUUACUUUUGGAAAUGUUGAUAUUUGUAUUUAUACUCUCCCCGUUUUUAUUAGAAAUAGUGGCUGUGACUCCUGAGACCAAAGCUUCUACUGCGGAUCUAAUCUGGUCUUAUGAUGAUGAAAGCAAGUGGCCAGGCAAACUCUGCCAGUCAGGUGGCAAACGGCAGUCUCCCAUCGACAUCAGGACUGCAGAUGUGGUGCGGGACUUCAGGAAGGAGUUCAUCAAGUAUGGUCCGCUCAAGUUCACAGGAUACCAGAAGGUUCUCACCACUGGAAUCAAUAAUGGUCAUACUAUACAAUUCAGCACGGAGGGGGAGGAUCUGAUGCACCCGCUGGUCUCCGGGGGGCCUCUCAAACACCGGUACAGGCUAGAACAGCUUCACUUCCACUGGCUCUCGGAACACGCCGUUAAUGGUAUCAAGUAUCCAAUGGAGAUACACUUCGUUCACGUGAGAGCGGAUCUCACGGUGAAUCAGGCGCUGCAUAGGAAGGACGGGCUGGCCAUCAUCUCCGUCUUUGGCAACAAAGCUGUUAAAUGUAGACAAGUCGUCAUAUUACACAUACGCGGGGUCCCUGACGUCACCCGACUGCAACGAGGCCGUCACCUGGAUCAUCUUCACAUCGCCAAUAUACUUAUCGGAUGCACAGUACCGCAUGUUCGCCAACAUAGGCAUAGUACGGCACAACUUCAGGAGUCUCCAGGUACUAAACCAGCAGGUGGUGUACAUGCCGGUGGAGACAAAGGUCAAGGUGCCACAGAUCGUCCAGUUUUUCGUAGACGUCGGCAAGGCGGUCACUGAUUUCUUCAAGAAUUUUGGCACAUUCAUGGCAAACGGCAUACACGUACGAUAGCAGACUAUGUUUGCAUUAAAUUCGCAAUGUUUUAUAAAAUUCCGAUAUCUGGAACCAGAUGUUUUUGCAUGGUCAAAAAUAUUAAUUUUAUAUCAAGGCUGAAACAACCUUGAACCUUUGACAACCAGGGAAAAUGGAGACAUAACGUUUUAAUCCAAGCUAAGCUAAUGUGGUUAUGAGGUCAAAAUUAUUGUUUUAUAAUUUGUCUUACAAAUAUGUAAAGAAUGCGUUUCACUUGAUGUAAAUUAGAGAGAGUUAAAGUACAUAAUUAACAAAGUAAAUUAACAACAAUGUUGCUUUAUAUCAUUAACAUUCUUGUUAAAUAUAACAUGGCUUCAACCCUUUUAAUGUACUAACCCUAAGGGGCCAAGGUAACAUCCACUCGUCACCUCGUCAGUGGUAUAUUGUUUCAAAUUAAAUAAAAAGCUAUGACUGCGGUACUUAUAAAUAGAUUAUAUUAAUUUAUUAGAAAAAAUAAAAUACUUGCGUUAUUGUUAAAUCUGUUUUAUUUAAAUAAUAAUAUUAACAGCCGUAUCUACAUACCACGCACACAAACAUACAUUGUCAACAUAUACCAACAGAUAUUGUAUACAAAUAUAUUUUUGUUUUAAACAAUAAGUAAUUGUUGUUAGAGAACAUAGUCGGAACUUCACAGUGGUUAAUCCUUAAAGGUAUACUAUUUUCCGAGUCUCAUGUAAAUUCAGACUUCAUAAUUAAGAAUUUCUACAUAAAAAGACCAAUAAUACUUUACCCUAUCCAUUGACAUGGUCAACAGAAAACAAUAAAAAUAUAUUUGUAUACAAUCGUAACCAUCGCCAACACUGGUUACCAAUGCCAACGUUACGUCCAAUGCUUGGCAGAGGAACUUCAUAAGUACGUAAACUAAGGCCAGGUAACAUUGGCUUUGGCCACCGAUAUUGGUCGAAGUUUUAACUAACCCAGACAUAAAAUUAACUAAUAAAUUACAUGAAUACGGUUUGGUUCUAACACAUACGCAUGGUAACAGCAUACAAACGAAAAUAACGUUCUCGAUUUAAAAAUAUUUGAUUUGAAAAACUAACUUUAUGAUAUCUGCAUAAAGCGUAGUUUCCAAUGAAGCUGGAAUUUUAAAUGAAAUUGUGACAGUGAAGCUUUUUAUAUUGAAAUGAACUUUAAAUAACUUAGACCAUAGAGUUGAUAUUUGUUCACAUGGAUUUACAAAAUAAUGGAACAAAACAUAAUUUAUCUUGUCAUCAUAUUUUUGCUAUAAAGUAGUAUAAAGUAGUACACUUAGUACAACACAACAAUACUUUAUCACUGUAUGCCGGCAAAAAUAGUGAACCAUGCGAUGGUCUAUACGUUUGUAACGAUUGUCUAUCAUGUAUCUAUUUUGUAAUGAGGUCAGUAUGGCCUGUCUGAUUGAUUAAUCAUUUAAGUAGUCCUUAUGUACGGUCAAAGGUCAAAAGUCCACUGCCACCGUAAGACUACUAUCGGUUGCGCUGCAGCGCUUAUACCAACAUGCGCACGCAUAUUUGUAUCCGUGUGCGUACGCGUGCGUGUGUUUAUGCGUACGCAC